UUAUGCAUACUUAUAUUUAUAUACAUACAUACAAAGAAUUGAUCAAUUGCUAAAACUGUAGUAAUUUGUGAGUCAUAUCGAAUUCUACCCCAACACUAUCGCCUUAAAGUUUAAGUAGAAGCUCUCAAUAAUUGCCAGUGCAAUGCGCAAAUUAAUGAAGCUUCUCCGCUUUGUUUUCAUUUGGCUAUGUGCAUCGGUGUGAAGUAUACUUGCAUUCCGGCCAAAGCUUUCGAAUAUAUCCAGUUUGAUAUACUCAUAGAACUUUUAUAAUAUUAGUUCCAAAGUUGCAUUCAAACAAAACGAUUGACUUGCCGCUUUCUCGCCAUCAUGUUGCUCACACAAAUGUUACUCAUCAUUGUCUUAGGCCUCGUGGGUUACUUCGCCUACUGGCUACGAAAACGUUUGAACUAUUGGCAGGAUUUGGGCAUACCGUGCGACCAGCCCCACUACUUGUUAGGCAAUUUGGUUGGCGUGCAAAAGACGCGCUCGUUUGCGGAAAUUGCGCUAUCCACUUACAGAAAAUUCAAGGGCACUGGCCCGUUCUGCGGCUUCUAUUGGCUACAGCGCCCAACGGCUUUUGUGCUCGACACAAACUUGGCCAAAGCUAUACUCAUCAAAGAUUUUAACAAGUUCACUGAUCGCGGCUUCUAUACGAACCCAGAUGAUGAUCCACUUACUGGACACCUUUUUUCGUUAGACGGACAUAAAUGGCGUGUGAUGCGCAACAAGCUCUCACCCACAUUCACAUCGGGCAAGAUGAAGCAAAUGUUUCCAACUGUUACGCGUGUGGGCGCUGAGUUGGUGAAUGUUGUGGCUGCGGCAUUGAGCGAUGGUUCGACACUUGAGGUGCGAGAUUUUCUAGGGCGCUUCACCACCGACGUGAUUGGUUCGUGCGCUUUUGGCAUCGACUGCAAUAGCCUAAAGAAUCCUAAGGAUCCAUUCCGGGAGAUGGGUCGGCGUGUAUUUAUAGAUCAGCGUCAUAGCCUGGUAGGCAUUGCAUUUAUUAUACUCUUUCCAAAAUUGUGUCGACGUCUGCAUAUCAAAUUAACACCCGACCACAUCACCGAAUUUUAUAUGCGCAUCGUGCGCGAGAAUAUCGAAUAUCGGGAGAAGAAUGGCAUUAGACGCAAUGAUUUCUUUGACAUGCUAUUGGAGCUGAAGAAUAAUAAGAUGAUGAAGACCGAGGAUGGUCAGGCGAUGACGAAUAUAACGGUGGAGGAGCUGGCCGCGCAGGCAUUCGUAUUCUUGGUGGCCGGGUUUGAGACCUCAUCGACCACAAUGGGCUUCGCCCUGUACGAGUUGGCGCAGCAUGAGCAUAUACAACAGCGUGCACGUGAGGAAGUAUGUGAGGUGCUGACGAGGCAUAACGGCGAGUUCACCUAUGAGUGCAUGAAGGAAAUGAGCUACUUAAAUCAAGUAAUAUCAGAAACAUUGCGGAAGCACACAAUAGUGCCGAUGCUUACGCGCGAGUGCUUGGAGGACUAUCAAGUCGCUGGCCAUCCGAAGUACCAGAUCAAGAAGGGCAUGUUUGUGGUGAUACCGGCGGUGGGUAUACACUUCGACGAAGACUACUACCCCAAUCCGGAAGAGUUCAAUCCCGACAACUUCACAGCGGAAAAAGUGGCGCAACGCGACUCCAUUGAGUGGCUGCCGUUCGGCGAUGGUCCACGCAAUUGUAUUGGUUUGCGUUUCGGUCUGAUGCAGGCGCGCAUCGGUUUGGCGUACUUGCUGAAGAAUUUCAAAUUCGAUGUUUGUGAAAAAACCCAAAUUCCGAUACAAUACAACAAGAAGACAUUCAUUUCGAUGGCAGAGAGUGACGUUUACUUGCGAGUGGAAAAAGUUGUAGAGUGAAUUUGACGGACUAAGGUCUGAGAUUGUGUAAGAGAUUAAUGUUUAUUUGAAUUAAAAUAAUAUAAAACACAUAUGUAUAUUUUUUAAGUAGAAUAAAUU